GCUGAUUAAACACUUGACAAACGUUACGUCGUGCGCCACCUGUUGUUGUUUACUUGAACUUUAGUUCGGCCGAGAACAGGAGCGCACCCUGGGCCAAAGCAAUUAGUGUGUAUUUACACUGUACGAGCACUCAAGCGGGGCGCCCGGCCUGGGGGCGGGACAACUAACUUAACUGGUAGUUGCACGACGGAAAGUUUUCAGUGUUUUUGCGCUGUGCAUUUUUGCAUUUUGUUGUUGUUGCGUCGUACGUUUCCACAUCCAGAAGCUUUUCAAAAGUUUUCGGCUUAAGUUCUGCGCCUGCUCGCCAGCUGCUCGGCUGCUGCUAUGCAGCUUUGGCAGCGCUGCCAACGUUACAAAUCGCAAGUUGAAACGUCGGCGUCGCAGUUGCUGCGCAGUCGUGUCGUCGCAUUGCGCGUUUAACAGCCGAACCGCUCAAUUUUUGCUCAGUUUCAUUCAGAAGUUAAACUUAAGCACGUCUCGGACGCUCGGUCAACAGUCCCGCUUAGCAGCUCAUUAGCCAAUUGCGAAAGAAUUUGCGAUUUUUACAAAGUUCUUGUGAAAUAUUUACGUAUGUUUGCACAUUUAGCCAUACAUAUGAGCAUAUAGUUAUUUCUGCCUAGUCCGUGCGUUAUUUGUGUUGUGGUUUUUGCGGUUUUUCAGUUCCAGUUUCAAUUGAUUGCAAGCAGGAGCAGCGGCCCCAAGCAGCAGCGCCCCAACACAGCGAGCGCCAGUAGCGGCAAUAGCGAACACUGAAAUUGUUGCUCGACAACUUUCGCAUUGCACUAGAUGCAUUGAACUACUCGGAACGAACCACCAAUAACAACAAGAACAACACGCAGCACACAGUCACACACACUCACACACACACAAUCUCACACACACAGCAACAAAAUGGCCUUAAUUAUGAAAUACAUCGAGAGCAUAAACAGAUAUAUGGACUCACAUAGUGAUUCAAGGACAAAGGAUUGGCCUAUGAUGUCGUCACCCUUCCCCACACUGGCCGUCUGCCUCACAUACGUCUACCUGGUUAAGGUGCUUGGUCCACGAUUAAUGGAGAAUCGAAAGCCGUUACAUCUACAGAACAUGCUGGUCAUGUAUAAUGCGUUACAGGUUGUAUUUAGUGCGUGGCUCUUCUAUGAGUGUUUAAUGGGCGGCUGGUGGGGUUCGUACAGCUUCCGCUGUCAGCCAGUGGACUAUAGCGAUAGUGCCACAUCUAGGAGAAUAGGAGUUUCCGGUUGGCUAACAGGACAUUAUAGCUUCCGAUGUCAGCCAGUUGACUAUAGUAAUAAUCCUAGAACGUUAAGGAUGGUUCAUGCGUGCUGGUGGUAUUACUUUUCAAAGUUCACAGAGUUCAUGGAUACGAUUUUCUUCGUGCUGCGCAAGAAGACGAGCCAGGUAACAACGCUGCAUGUGAUCCAUCACGGCUGCAUGCCCAUGUCGGUGUGGUUUGGCGUUAAGUUCACUCCAGGUGGCCACAGCACAUUCUUCGGCCUGCUCAACACAUUCGUUCACAUUGUGAUGUAUACGUACUACAUGUUCUCGGCCAUGGGUCCACAAUACCAGAAGUAUCUCUGGUGGAAGAAGUACCUGACAACGCUGCAAAUGGUUCAGUUCAUUCUUAUCAUGGUGCACGCCUUCCAAUUGCUCUUUAUUGACUGCAAUUACCCGAAGGCCUUCGUCUGGUGGAUAGGCAUGCAUGCUGUUAUGUUCUUCUUCCUGUUCAACGAGUUCUACAAGGCAGCCUACAAAAACCGCCUAAUGAAGAAGAACGCAGCGCUGGCCAAUGGACAUGCAAAGCCGAACGGCUACUGCAAGAGCAUCAAUGCCCACGACGAUCUGUUCAUGCCACAAACGACGACGACAGCAGCAGCAGCGUCGUCAACGGCCAAGGCCAAUGGCAAUGGCAAUGCGACGCUCAGCAACGGCCAUGCGAAUGGCCUGAAGAACGGCUAUAAGACGCUGGCCAACGGCAAUGCGGCGACGUCCUUGACCAAUGGCAGCGCGCACAAGUCGAACGGUCUCCUGCUCGCUAAUGGCUAUGGCAACGGCAAUGGCUAUGCCACCCAGCUGCUGGACGAUGUCGCCCAGGAGCUGACACACCGGAAGACACAGAAAUAAUAUCGGGAUAAUGCGGGUCGGCGCCAACAUAGAGCUUAGAGAUGGUUAAACAAAAAGCACAGCCAAGCGCCAGGAGCAGCAAUACAUGCUCCAACAGUCAUAAGCACACACACACACACAUCCACCCACACACACACACAUACACUUGAACAGCAUUCAUUUACAUCCACAUAAGCAAAUUACAUACAAGUUUCGGAUAUUGUAUUGACAUUGAAAGAAGAAGAAAGUGAAACACACUAGGGGCAUAUUGUUAUUGGUACUAAUUAUUAUUAAACA